GAAUAUUGUUGGUUUAAAAUUAUAUAUUAAUAUUACGAUAUGAAUCAUCAAAGUUAUUUCUAUCCUAAUAAAAAUUUUAGUCUUUAAAAUACAGACAAAUAGCUGCUUUUGCUAAAGAAUGGGAAAGCAACGGUUGAUAAUAAUUAAGAAAUGCUAAGGAAAAAAAUCUGCUACGAAAGAAUGCUAACAACGGGUCCUUAUCCAACAUUUAAUUGUAAUGUAUCCUCGUUUAAAUCCAUGCUCAAAGGAGACCCUGUCUGAGCAGCUUUUAUAUGGGCAAGGCAAUAGCUGAUUCGCCAAACUCCUCUCCUCUCAUGAAUCCCUCCGUUCCUCCGCCUCCACCCUUGCCUUCUCUCCCAAUCCAACCUACUUUCCCCGCCGCUGCCCACCGUCGCCUCGCCAUAGCCAUCGACUUAAGCGACGAGAGCGCUUACGCCGUUAGAUGGGCUGUUCAGAACUACCUUCGUGCUGGGGACGCCGUCGUACUCCUCCACGUUCGUCCAACCUCCGUCCUUUAUGGAGCUGACUGGGGCUCUAUCACCCCUAACUCCAAAAAUAAGUGCGAAAACGACUCCAACAACGGGUCGCAGCAGGAAAUCGACAAGGAGUUGAGCAUUUUGACGACAAGGAAAGCAAACACGCUGGCUCAGCCACUAGUGGAUGCUAAGAUUCCGUUCAAAAUCCACGUAGUGAAAGAUCGUGACAUGAAAGAGAGGUUGUGUUUGGAAGUGGAGAGGUUAGGGCUGAGUGCAGUGAUCAUGGGGAGCAGAGGGUUUGGAGGCACAAGGGGAAGGCUUGGCCUAGGAUUAGGAAGCGUUAGUUAUUAUUGCGUCAACCACUGCAUUUGUCCAGUAGUAGUGGUCCGCUACCCGGACGAGGAUGAGAGCGGAAUAGGCAGAGCCGAGAGGGUUACCAAAAAGAAGAUCGUUGAUGAAGAUAUUCAGCUCCUGCUGCCAGUAUCAGAAGAAGAAGUUGAGUAUCAGGAUGCAGAGGAGGAGGAGCACAAUGAUGCAUAAUAUGGGGUGAACGCAAAGCAAUGAGAGGUAUAGGAGUUAGAGCUUGUGGAAACGUCCGUCGCCGCGGCUACAUCUACAUCCCAAGACAAUAGCAAAUAAUAGAUUCAAAGCGUGACAAGGAUUGUGUGUAGUGUUGCUCAGCUGUUCUUAUAAUAUCAGCAUCGUGUUUGUAGUUUUCUUUGAUAACGUGGAUGUCAUUUGUUUGGCAGUAUGUCGCCAAACAGAGUUCCCUUAGCAAA